GCUGAUAUCACGCCACGUCUGAGACCUUUCUGCCAGGUCAUUGAUGGUGUCAAGCGUUGCCCGCUGAUCACGAAAGAACGACUUGACGACAUUAUGAAAUUUGCACCUCAGGAAGGCGACAUACUGCAGCUGUCGUACCCAAAGACAGGGUCUCAUUGGAUUCAGUUCACUGUGCAGACCAUCAUACAGGAAGGCGAAGUAGUUGAGAGUUACGACGAUUUUACGGCAGUGACCUGCUUUCUCGACUACGUCGGCUUACAAGACUGGAAACGCCUUUCUUCGACACCUCUGGGCUUGUAUAUGUCCCACGUCCUCCCUCCGCUGAAAAAUUUCAAUUCAGAAGCAAGGUAUAUUUACAUAGCUCGAAACCCAUGGGACUGCUGCGUCUCCUUCUAUCACAUGGUGAAGGAGCUUGACAUCUACUCCUUCAAGGAGGGAUCUUUUGACGACUUCUUUGAGUGUUUUAUUGAAGGGGAUUUCGGCUAUGGCGAUUAUUUCGAGCACCUGCUUUACGGAUACGGACUCAGAAACAGGCCUAACGUGCUGUUUCUCACCUACGAAGAAAUGAAGACAGAUAGCCGAGGCACGGUGCUGCGCAUUGCACAUUUCAUCGGAAAGCAUUACGCGAAAGAAUUGGAAGAGAACAAUGAACUACUGGAAAAUUUGCUCAGCAAGCUAACAGUGGAACGUACAAAGGGUAUCUUAGUGCUCAACUUGGCUGGUCAUAAGAACCCAAAGAUCGAUGCCAAGAUCAAGGAGCGCAAUUUGACGGCGUCCGAAGGUUUUGAGGGAUGUCGCACUAGGCUUCCGUUUGUGAGAAAGGGUGAAAUUGGUGGUUGGAAAGACUAUUUUAGCUCAGAGCAACUAGUGCGCAUGGAAGAGACAAUUGUACGCAAGACCUCUGGCUCGGACGUAAUGGACAUCUGGGCUAAUAUGCGUGAAGAAGCGCGCCGCCUAUCCGUGAAGUGACCUUGUGCUCGCUCCAUAACGAACCAUGUAUGAGGAAAGAACAGAAUUGAAUGAGUAAGACAAACACUGUAUGAUUCAGUCCGGGGUAAUAAAAACCAAACAUGUAACCA